GCGGUACAGUUGUUAGAUAAUUCGGCAAGCUUGACUUGAACACACCAAUCUACCAAACAACAAAACCCCAUUUCACCAACAUGCAGAGAUUCGUAGUUUUCGUUGCUUUCCUCGCCUGCGCUGCUGCCGCACCCGCUCCCGGCCUUCUGUUGUCUCAUGCGACCCCAGUAGUCGCUGCGGUCCACGCUGCCCCCGUGGUCCACGCCACUCCAGUAGUCCACGCCGCAGUGCCAGUCGUCGGCUCCAAGACUACCAUUACUAAGAGCAGCCAGCUCGUCAACCAUGGCUCUCCCGUCGUUCACGCUGUCCACGCCGUCCACACCCCAGUGGUCGCUGCUGUUCCCGUUGUGAAGACCGCUGUUGUUCACGCCACCCCCAUAGUCCACGCUCCAGUUGUACAUGCUGCCCCAAUCGUGCACGCUGCCCCAGUCGUCCACUCCGUCGCCCCUGUUGUUGUCAAGACCGCUCCUUCCGCGGUCGCUCACAGCAGCUCCGUCGUCCAUCAUUCUGCCAUCAAGGCUAUCCCAGUUGUAGCUCUCCAUUGA